UUAGCUGGGGCUAAAGACUACCGUAUGGCAUGAGCUACAGUUUCUUGUACACACUAAAGUUCUAUGCUGUAGGAGAAACAAUACUUUUAAUUAGGAAAAAGACUUAAUUUUUAUCCAUCAUUCCUUAGCAUAUUAAGUAUCAAAUUAGUACAUCUCUGAAUUGUACUGUGGUAAAAUUUUUGAGUUUUUAAAAAUACUUAUUAAUUCUUCGAGAAUUUCAUAUAGUGUAUUUUCACCUCCAUUGCUCUAAGAUCCACUCAAGAUCCUCCCUGUGCCUCAACUUUCUGUGUUCGCCUUUUUGCAAUGUUUGAUUUUAAAAGCUGUUGAGUUACUAACCUGAGUUUCAUAAAAAUAAAAUAAAUAAAUAAAUAAAAGAUAAAAAUAAAACUGCUUAAUGAAUGCUAGUCUGGGAUCAGGAAGGAGUCUCUGACAGUUUGGUCUUAAAUACACUUCUGCCACUUUGUAUUGCAUAUUUAUAAGGGGAGAUUUAAAGAUGAUCAUAAAACUGAAGUAUCUGUCUAUGCUCUAUGUCCUGCAGGACUGAAUUCUCAGUGAAGAUAAUUUAAUUCUUCAUCUUUUUAUGAACCGGUGCACCCAUCUCAUUAGUAUUUAGGCUUGCUUUGUCUUUAGGAAGUGGUAAAAUUAUAUGUAGCAUAUAUAUAUAUAUAUAUAUAUACAUAUAUAUAUGUGUGUGUGUAUAUGCUUUAAUUUAUCAUUUAUUCCCAGUAAAUAUUUAAUUUUAUACCUAUUACACACACACACACACACACACACACACACACACACACACACACACACCAUGGUUCUCUUUAUAAGAAUAGAGAAAGGGGUUGUAUGAGUGAGAAAUGUUAAGAGUCCUGCUUUAGAGGAUUGGUCAAAGGGAAGUGGUGUGGUUAUGAGCUCAAGUGAGGGGGAUUUAGACCUUGGCCAGACGUAGACAUUUGAUAUGGAACAACUCCUUAUACAUGCAGGCACAAGCUGCACUGGGAAAGCUCCUUUGUAGAGGAAAAGAAGAGAGAAGGAAAGGCCUAGUGGCAGCAGCUUUUUAAUCAGCUAGUCAAUUGAUUAGAGUAAGAGAGGGGCCUUUAGUGACAGAACUCUAAAGACAGAGGCAGACAGACUCUUCGGAGUUCCAGGCCAGUCUGGGCUAGAGGAAGACCGUGGCCCUAAAAUGUAAGUAAAUAUAUAAAAAGAAACAAGAGAAGGAAGGGGUGAGAGGAGCAGAUGUCCUGCCACAGAGCAAACCUGAGGCUGUCCCUGGCUGCAUAAGACCAUGUCCAAAAACAAAGCCAAGUCAAACAACAAAAAGGUAAAGCAGUCUACUUUCCACAAAUUUUAACUGAUAUGAUGUGCAUGUAUGUGUGUGUGCAUGUGUGUAUGUGUGCAUGUGUGUAUAUAUGUGUGCAUGUGUGUAUAUAUGUGUGUAUGUAUGUAUGUAUGUAUGUAUGCAUGUAUGUAUUGUGUACUGGUAUUUGGACACCCCCUGCCUACCUAGACAUGUAUAUACAAUCUAUCCAUUCACCCAUUGUGUGCUCAUGUUCUGUCUGUGCACAACCUGCAUGCCCAGUGCCUGUGGAGGCCAGAGGAAGGCAUCAGAUCCUUGGUGAAUUACCAAAUGAUUUAAGUGAAGUCCAGUAUUUAUGAAAGCAGAUCAUUUCUGACAAGAUUUUCAAGUGUAAUUUCUGUCAUUUCAGAGAUAGUUUUUGAGAUAAAAAUGAGAACUGUUUUUUUACUUAAGUUUCACAGAUCAAUUAUUUCAAGUGCACACUGAGAUAUGUGUGGACACACAUGUGAAUGUUACAGAAGGCUGUGAGCUGCCUGAAGUGGGUGCUGGAAACUGAACUCGGGGCCUUCUAAGUGGUGAGCCGUCCCUCCAGAAGAGACUUGUCAUCCUAACCAAUGCUAAACUAGUGACUGAAUGGUCGUCUAUACUUGAUGGAAUUCUUAAUAGCCCAUCAUUGAACAGACAGAAGGAGAAGCAGACCAGUGAAAGAACUUGGCAGGAAGAGCGUAUGGCAUGUUCCUGUCACCUGCCCCUGGGGACAGGGAAGCGUGUCCUACCCCAAGCACACUAUCUGCUGUGUGCCAACAGAAGAAGCUCUCAUAAUUCUGUAGAUGUGAGCGCUCUCAUUUGUGAAAUGAGCGAUAGGCCCUUCAUUGUUAGAACUUCCAAGGAAAACUGGUGCCUUUUGGAAAAAGAACUAGUUUGCUUUUCAUUGAAACGCUAUGUAAGUUUAUACAGAACACUUAGAAGUUUUUUGUUUUUAUUUUUUCAUGUAAUCUCCAUUCCUUCCCUAGACUGGGGCUCCAACAUGGCCAAGCCCUAAUGUUUCCUGCUCUGUGUUCCUAACACAUCACACCAUGUGUGGAUGCAUCUCACGGAAGGCUUGUGAAUGAACGAGAACAAAUUCAUACAGCACUCUGACUGCUUAUUGACCUAAUUCCAGAGGUACACGGGUAAUUUCUUUACUGGUUAUUACCAAUUUACUUACAAAGUCUAAAUGUAAAAAUCUAUUCACAAGCCACCUAACGAUGUUACAACUUCUUUCCUUUCCAACCUGCACCCAAUGGGUCUUAGUCCACAAGCUCUACUGAAAAAAAAAAAAGUCAGCCACUUGUGUAGGAAGACGGGGAAGGGCAGGGAGAGUUCACAGGAGGGAAUGGAAGGAGCAAGGGAAAAGAACAGGGAAGGAAGAUAGGACAGCCUUCUUAAAAAGGCUAAAUCUCUUCCUAACAUCUUACCUGCUCUACAACUAGACAGCAGAAUCAGCAGCUCAAGGGUUAUUAGAAACAGCCAGGGGGACACGAGUACAUAUCGUGCUGCAAUUAGUUCAUUGAAAACUCAGUCGCUCGAGGAGCAGUCAGGCAGAGACUCCUCUCGGCUUUUUUUCCCUCCUGCCUAAGGAUCUCCUACGGAGAGCUGCAACAAUGCCCAAAAGAAAGGCUGCAGGUGAUGCGAGCUAGGAGCCAAAGGGAAGAUGGGCUCGACGGUCUGCUGUGCCUGUGCCCUUUACACAGGAGUUGAAACCUAAAAGAGCAUCAACUUCAAGGAAAACGAAGACCACAAAUGUCGUGGAAGAAAACAAAGAUGCAGGUGCCACAACAAUUCCUGAAACCAAGCCAGAAGUUGUUAAAGGAGAAUGCAACAUGGAAAAUGCUGAAAAUGGAGAAGCCAAAAUUAUUGAGGCACCCAUUUCUAAAAUGGAAACUGAGGAAGUAAAAGAACAGAUAAAUGAAGACACUGAAGGAGACGGAGGAGAAAAGAAAGAAGCAGUGGUAACAGAAGGCAAAAAUGAUGAGCUAGAAGCAAACAUUCAAGAUGUGGAGAACGAUGAAGAUGGAAAUGAGCACAAAGAUACAGGUGAGGAGGGAGAAGAUGGGAAAAGGGAAGGAGGCCUAAAAGAGAAACCAGAUGUAGCUGAAAUCGAAGACGCAAAGGAGGCCAAAGAUGAUGAAGAGAAGGAAGACAAGGAAAAAGAAGAUAACAAAGGAGGUGAUGGGAAGAAGGAAGAAGAGAAAGAUGACGAGGGGGAAGCUGAAACAGAGGAAGAAGUCAAAGAACAACAGAAAGAGGAAACUGAGGGGGAUGAUGGGAAAUGCAAAGUAGAAGAAAACAAGGAAGGUGGAAAGGAAGGUCAGCAUGAGGAAGAAGGGAAGGAAGAUCUGCAUGAGGAAGACGGAAAGGAAGAUCUGCAUGAGGAAGACAGAAAGGAAGAUCUGCAUGAGGAAGAAGGGAAGGAAGAUCUGCAUGAGGAAGAAGGGAAGGAAGAUCUGCAUGAGGAAGGCGGAAAGGAAGAUCUGCAUGAGGAAGAAGGGAAGGAAGAUCUGCAUGAGGAAGAUGGAAAGGAAGAUCUGCAUGAGGAAGAUGGAAAGGAAGAUCUGCAUGAGGAAGACGGAAAGGAAGAUCUGCAUGAGGAAGAAGGGAAGGAAGAUCUGCAUGAGGAAGAAGGGAAGGAAGAUCUGCAUGAGGAAGGCGGAAAGGAAGAUCUGCAUGAGGAAGAUGGAAAGGAAGAUCUGCAUGAGGAAGAUGGAAAGGAAGAUCUGCAUGAGGAAGAUGGAAAGGAAGAUCUGCAUGAGGAAGAUGGAAAGGAAGAUCUGCAUGAGGAAGAUGGAAAGGAAGAUCUGCAUGAGGAAGACGGAAAGGAAGAUCUGCAUGAGGAAGAAGGGAAGGAAGAUCUGCAUGAGGAAGAAGGGAAGGAAGAUCUGCAUGAGGAAGGCGGAAAGGAAGAUCUGCAUGAGGAAGAAGGGAAGGAAGAUCUGCAUGAGGAAGAAGGGAAGGAAGAUCUGCAUGAGGAAGAAGGGAAGGAAGAUCUGCAUGAGGAAGACAGAAAGGAAGAUCUGCAUGAGGAAGACGGAAAGGAAGAUCUGCAUGAGGAAGAAGGGAAGGAAGAUCUGCAUGAGGAAGACAGAAAGGAAGAUCUGCAUGAGGAAGAAGGGAAGGAAGAUCUGCAUGAGGAAGGCGGAAAGGAAGAUCUGCAUGAGGAAGAAGGGAAGGAAGAUCUGCAUGAGGAAGAAGGGAAGGAAGAUCUGCAUGAGGAAGAAGGGAAGGAAGAUCUGCAUGAGGAAGAAGGGAAGGAAGAUCUGCAUGAGGAAGGCGGAAAGGAAGAUCUGCAUGAGGAAGAAGGGAAGGAAGAUCUGCAUGAGGAAGAUGGAAAGGAAGAUCUGCAUGAGGAAGAAGGAAAGGAAGAUCUGCAUGAGGAAGACAGAAAGGAAGAUCUGCAUGAGGAAGAUGGAAAGGAAGAUCUGCAUGAGGAAGAAGGGAAGGAAGAUCUGCAUGAGGAAGACAGAAAGGAAGAUCUGCAUGAGGAAGAAGGAAAGGAAGAUCUGCAUGAGGAAGACGGAAAGGAAGAUCUGCAUGAGGAAGAAGGAAAGGAAGAUCUGCAUGAGGAAGAAGGGAAGGAAGAUCUGCAUGAGGAAGAAGGAAAGGAAGAUCUGCAUGAGGAAGACGGGAAGGAAGAUCUGCAUGAGGAAGAAGGGAAGGAAGAUCUGCAUGAGGAAGAAGGGAAGGAAGAUCUGCAUGAGGAAGAAGGGAAGGAAGAUCUGCAUGAGGAAGGCGGAAAGGAAGAUCUGCAUGAGGAAGAAGGGAAGGAAGAUCUGCAUGAGGAAGAAGGAAAGGAAGAUCUGCAUGAGGAAGAAGGAAAGGAAGAUCUGCAUGAGGAAGACGGAAAGGAAGAUCUGCAUGAGGAAGAAGGGAAGGAAGAUCUGCAUGAGGAAGAAGGGAAGGAAGAUCUGCAUGAGGAAGACGGAAAGGAAGAUCUGCAUGAGGAAGAAGGGAAGGAAGAUCUGCAUGAGGAAGAAGGAAAGGAAGAUCUGCAUGAGGAAGAAGGGAAGGAAGAUCUGCAUGAGGAAGAAGGGAAGGAAGAUCUGCAUGAGGAAGACGGAAAGGAAGAUCUGCAUGAGGAAGAAGGGAAGGAAGAUCUGCAUGAGGAAGAAGGGAAGGAAGAUCUGCAUGAGGAAGAAGGAAAGGAAGAUCUGCAUGAGGAAGAAGGAAAGGAAGAUCUGCAUGAGGAAGAAGGGAAGGAAGAUCUGCAUGAGGAAGAAGGGAAGGAAGAUCUGCAUGAGGAAGAAGGGAAGGAAGAUCUGCAUGAGGAAGAAGGGAAGGAAGAUCUGCAUGAGGAAGAAGGGAAGGAAGAUCUGCAUGAGGAAGAAGGGAAGGAAGAUCUGCAUGAGGAAGACGGAAAAAAGAAGGCUGAGGGAAACGAGGAUAGAAAGAGGAAGAGCAAGAGGCUGCUGCAGAAGGGAAUGAUGAAAACCAGGUGGAGGAGGAGGAAGAAGCUGACAACAAAGGCUUCAAACAAGAUGGAGAGAAAGGGGAGCCUGCGAGCACUGUCUACAUCUGCCCUCUUCCUGUUGCAAUGUUAAUAGAGAUAAAUAUUUUAUCAGAUAUUUUAUAAACAGUGCUUUUCUUUAGCAUCAUUCAAUCUCAGACCAUCAUCAUACCAGUUAUUAGUUGCAAAAUACCUAACAUGACACCUUUAUACAUUUUGUGAUUAUAGUAGUGCAAAAUAGGAAAUGUACUUGCAACUUUGUGAAUGUCAUUGUGUGUACGUUAUGUAUUAAAUCUUUGAGUUUCAACUUUAUUCUUUAUUUUAUUUUAUUUUAUUUUAUUUUUUUUGGUUCUUUUUUUCGGAGCUGGGGACCGAA